CCACCUGGACGUCGCUGUCUUGGCGGGAGGCGGAGCCGUUCGUCUCUCCGGAUGCCCGGAGGACACACCUCUCCGCGUCAGAGUCCACCUCCAGAGCAGAGAGGGACCCGGUCCAUGAGGGACAGACCGAGACAGGACACCGAGAACCGAGGACAUGAGGGACGUGAACGGGACCAAGACCGAUGGAGAGACCGGGUCCGGGACGGACGAGCUGGUCUUCUUCGUUAACGGGAAGAAGAUUGUGGAGAAGAACGCCGACCCUGAGAUGACCUUGCUGACGUACCUGAGGAGGAAAUUGGGGCUGACAGGAACCAAACUGGGCUGUGCAGAGGGGGGCUGUGGAGCGUGCACCGUCAUGGUGUCCCGGUACCAGCCCUGCACCGACAGGCUGCAUCAUUACGCUGUAAACGCCUGCCUUGCCCCCGUCUGCUCGCUACACCUGGUUGCCGUGACGACGGUGGAGGGCAUCGGCAGCGUGGCGAGGAAACUACAUCCUGUUCAGGAGCGGAUCGCCAAGGCUCACGGCUCUCAGUGUGGUUUCUGUACCCCGGGGAUCGUCAUGUCCAUGUACGCUCUGCUCAGAAACAACCCCAAACCCAGAAUGGCUGAUGUGGAGGAGGCCUUUCACGGAAAUCUGUGUCGUUGUACUGGAUACAGACCCAUAUUGGAGGGAUACAAGACUUUCACUGUGGAGGGUGGAUGCUGUGGUGGCAGAGGGCGGGAGAACGGCUGCUGUAUGACCAAUGGGAAUGCAGCAGAGAAGACCUCCAAAGAAGACAGCGAUGAAGCCACGUCACUGUUUAACCCAGCAGACUUCACUCCCUUUGACCCCACACAGGAAGUCAUCUUUCCCCCCGAACUCAUGUCUCUCAUUAAAAACCACAGGCCGGGCUCGCUGUGUUUCCGUGGUGACCGGACAGUGUGGCUUCAACCUGACAGUCUGGAAGAACUCGUACGCCUAAAAUGGGAGCAUCCUGAUGCCCGAGUGGUGGUGGGAAACACUGAAGUGGGUAUUGAGGUGAAGUUUAAGAACAUGGUGUACCCGGUCAUCUUGGCUCCAGCGUUCAUCCCUGACCUGAACCAAGUAACGCAUACAGACCACGGCAUUGUUUUCGGUGCAGCGUGCACGCUCAGCCUCAUAGGAUCGGUGAUGAAGCAGGCAGUCCAGACUCUUCCUCCUCAUCAGACGGAAGUCUUUCACGCCAUCCUCGAACAACUGCGCUGGUUCGCUGGGCUGCAGAUCCGUAAUGUAGCCGCAGUUGGAGGAAACAUCAUGACAGCGAGUCCCAUAUCAGACCUGAACCCGGUUUUUAUGGCAGCAGGCUGCAAACUCACUCUGAUGGACAAGGAUGGCGUCCGUGUGGUGCGGAUGGAUGAUGGUUUCUUCACGGGUUACAGGAAGACGAUCCUGCGACCACAGGAGAUCCUGGUGUCAAUAGAGAUCCCCUACAGUCAGAAGUCUCAGUUUGUCUCCGCCUUCAAGCAGUCACCUCGCCGCGAGGAUGACAUCAGCAUCGUCACCGCUGCAAUGAAUGUCACCUUCACACCUGGGACCGAUGUGGUCGAGGACCUGAGGCUGAGCUACGGCGGCAUGGCGGCGACCACGGUGCUGGCAAAAAAGACGGCGAAUGGGCUGCUGGGAAGGCACUGGGGGGAGGAGCUUCUGCAGGAUGCCUGCUCAUCACUGGCUGAGGAGAUGACCCUUGACCCGUCUGUGCCAGGUGGCAUGGUGACAUACCGGCGAACUUUGACCCUCAGCCUCUUCUACAAGUUCUACCUGACAGUGCUGCAAAAGCUCCACCUACAGGGAGUUGUGGUUGAAGAGGUUUCCUCCGACUGUCUGAGUGCUACAGACGUGUAUCAUCCAGACACCCCCAGCAGUGUUCAGGUGUACCAGGCUGUCCCUGAGGGGCGGAGCCAGGAUGACACAGUGGGCCGUCCCAUGAUGCACCUGUCUGCUCUGAAGCAGGCAACGGGUGAGGCAGUUUACUGCGAUGACGUGCCGCUGUAUGAAAACGAGCUUUACCUGGCGCUGGUCACCAGCACGAAGGCUCACGCCAACAUCCUCUCCAUAGACACCUCAGCUGCCCAGAGGAUGCCCGGCGUGAUCGACGUUGUCGUCGCUGAGGACAUCCCCGGCAGCAACGCCACCGGGCCAAUCGAAUAUGAUGAGACAGUCCUAGCUGACCGCCAGGUUACCUGUGUAGGUCACAUCAUUGGCGCUGUGGUGGCUGACACGCAGCUCCACGCUCAGAGAGCUGCCAAAGCUGUGAGAGUCCAGUAUGAAGAGCUGCAGCCAAUCGUCACCAUCCAGGUGAGAACAGCAACACCUGGACACACCUGA